GACUCGUAAAACUCGAAGCUUUGGACCUGAGACCAACUUCAUUGUAACGCUUACAUCUGAUCUAUUAUAUUAUAUCGAGCGCGAGUAUGACCUCUAUCGUCCCGAUGGAUCAGCAAAGGAUUUCAGUGCUUUUUGUUUGCCUUGGCAACAUAUGUAGAUCCACCAUGGCUGAAGGAGUCUUUCGAUCUAUCGUAAAGGAUCGGUCAUCUCCCUACUACAAUCUCGUAGAUAAAGUGGAUUCUUGCGGGACAGGUGGAUACCAUACUGGCGACGAACCCGACUCUAGGACGAUGUCAACCCUCGAAAGCCACGGCAUUACGAAUUACACGCACGCGGCGCGUAAGCUCCGUGAUAGUGACUUUCGAGAAUUUGACUAUAUAUUUGCAAUGGACAAAGCGAACCUGGAAGAUCUCAAUCGAUGGAGAGCUAGAAGCAAAAAUUCGUCCAUAUCUAAGGCGCAGGUCAUGCUAUUUGGCGAGUUCUCCGGCACGGGCCGUAAGGAAGUAGUGCAAGAUCCUUACUACGUCGGUCAGGACGCUUUUGAGAAAGCAUAUGAACAGUGCAAGAGAUUCUCGACAAACUUUCUAGACCAAACAUUUCCCGAUGUCGGUAAGACGACGGCACAAGCCUGAUAAUACCUAAUAUUUGGUUUCCUGUUUAGAUCAUAGACGGGCUAAUAGACAUUACGAGCAUACGACGGAAUCUGUGGAUAAUGGCAGGAUUUGUAGAGACGAGUAACGAUAAUCAUGUCUUGUAGGCCUUUUCCGUAGGUAGUUCUAUUACAAUAACAGCUGGGCAAAUAUAGAUCAAGCUACUGAGUACCUGUGCUCAGAAACAGAGAGUUGCUGUCGUCUUACAAGCUGCAGCCUUGAGAUUGGAUAUAUUUAUGAAGUAAGCCAAUAAAAUUGACGAAUGCGCGUUAGAAUAGUGUGGAUCUAAGUCAUAUUGGUGUAAGAUUUUUGGGGGCUAAAAUGGAAUCUUCCCUCAGCCUCAGCUCAGUAGAAUACAGACGAGGAGGAUCACAUGUUUAUCGACAAGCUUUGCGUCUUCAUUGAG